GCUCCGCUCUCGGUCAUGUGACCCUAACGUAACCGGACAGGAAAAGCCGCCGCCGCCGCCGCCGCCGCGCUGACUCCGUUGUUGCUGCUGCUGCUGCUGCGCGCGGAGACGGCGGCGGCGCGCGCGGCACCAGGCGGGCCCCGCGCCCCCCCCAGAGUGUACAAAAAUGGAUUUGGCCAACCAUGGGCUUAUUCUGCUGCAACAACUAAAUGCGCAGAGAGAAUUCGGUUUCCUGUGUGACUGCACAGUUGCCAUUGGUGAUGUCUACUUCAAGGCACACAAAUCGGUCCUUGCUUCUUUCUCCAACUACUUCAAGAUGUUGUUUGUUCAUCAAACAAGUGAAUGUGUCCGUUUGAAAGCGACUGACAUACAGCCAGAUAUCUUCAGUUAUCUCUUGCAUUUGAUGUACACUGGGAAGAUGGCACCGCAACUCAUUGACCCUGUCCGACUAGAACAGGGAAUAAAGUUUCUGCAUGCAUAUCCACUAAUUCAAGAGGCCAGCCUUGCAAGUCAGGGAACUUUUUCUCACCCGGAUCAAGUUUUUCCAUUAGCAUCUUCAUUAUAUGGCAUUCAGAUUGCAGAUCACCAGAUAAGACAUCCCACUAAGGUUACAUCAGCGACUGACAAACUCGGGCGAGAACCAAGGCCACAGACAUCAAGGAUGAACCAAGAACAGAUUUCUGAAGGCUCACAGCUAGCUACACCUCUGCCACAAGUGUCCCGGACAAAUAUGUCCACUUCUGACCCAUUACCAUCUUCUUUAUCUCCAGAAUUGGUAUCUGCUGCUGGUAAUAAUUCACCUGCAGGAGAAGAGACCAACAUGGAAGCAUCUUCUUCAGAUGAACAGCCUGCCUCACUCACAAUAGCACAUGUCAAGCCAAGUAUUAUGAAAAGAAAUGGAAGCUUCCCAAAAUACUAUGCCUGCCACCUCUGUGGUCGCCGGUUCAAUUUGCGAAGUAGUUUGCGUGAGCACCUGCAGAUUCACACAGGAGUUCCCUUCACAUCUAACCAGCAGGGAGAAAGUAGUAUUUCUUUGUCUCUCUGUAACAACACAGCUGAUAAAGAUGCCAUGGAAGUGCCUGAAGCAGGGAUGAUUAGUGACAGCGAGCUACAGCACAUCUCAGACUCCCCGAUAAUUGAUGGGCAGCAACAGUCAGAGACACCGCCCCCUUCUGAUAUUGCCGACAUAGACAACUUGGAGCAGGCAGAUCAAGAGAGGGAAGUAAAAAGACGGAAAUACGAAUGUUCUGUCUGUGGUCGCAAAUUUAUUCAGAAAAGCCACUGGAGGGAGCACAUGUACAUACACACUGGCAAGCCCUUCAAGUGCAGCACUUGUGACAAAAGCUUUUGUAGGGCUAACCAGGCUGCCAGACACGUGUGCCUAAACCAGAGCAUGGACACGUACACGAUGGUGGAUAAACAGACUCUGGAACUCUGUACUUUUGAGGAAGGCAGUCAAAUGGACAACAUGCUAGUACAGACCAACAAGCCCUAUAAAUGUAACUUGUGUGACAAAACAUUUUCAACUCCCAAUGAAGUAGUCAAACAUUCGUGCCAAAAUCAAAACUCUGUCUUUACACUAGAAGAAGAUCGCUCCAUCCUGCUAGGUGGUGGGGACACAGAAGCCACAGAGACUGAUAAUGCAGUGUUAGCCUCCAUCAAAAAGGAGCAGGAAGCAGUGUUGUUAGACUGAAUGUGAAACCUGUAUCGAUUUUUUAAAGUUUCCGUAUUAAUUUUUUAUUAAAUCGAUUUUUUUCUUCCCCCCCACCUCUUACUUCACUUAUCCCUGCCAUCUUCUCCACCAGUCUCCUUCCCGCCCUUUGUCUUCAGCAACCAGAACUGUACUGGCACAUUAGGAAAUUGGACUUUGCCUCUCCCACCAAAACAAACAAAAAGCUUUUGCAUCAAGCCACAGUGUAAUUGAUUUUAAUACAAAGGAAUGAGUGAAAAAAAUAAUCCAGCUAACUAUGUUGAUAGUAUUAGUUAAUCUGAAUUUAAUAGAUUUUAAACAAAACUUUAGAUUGCUUAAAAGUGUAUUUAGCUACAAUGGCUAGCGUGAUGUGAAACAGAGUAUCAGUUUGGUAAGCAAAGAAUAUAUCUAUCUAUCUGUAUAGAUACAUAGAUAUAUAUAUAUAUAUUAGUUUCCCCGGUAAAAGGCAUUUUGAGAAGAUCUGAGAAAUGAAAUACCAUACUUUAUGAAAGUCCACAUGCAAGUUGGUUAAGGUUAUAACUUAAAACCCUCAGAACUUUUAUCAAUGAGUGGAAAAAUCUCCGUUCAUUGAAUUAGAAAGACCUGAGGGUGUUUGGUUUCUUUUAGCCUUAUGUUUUCCUUCAAGUAUGCCUUUGGGUAUCUGUUUCAGAUAGCAUCAUUGAGUCAAGCAAAGUAGUUACUUGGUCAAAUUUUGACUUAAGUAGCUGUAAUAAUAAUGUGAUGGCAAUCUUUAUAUAUAUAUAUAAAAUACUGUAUAUGUAUAAAGAUUUUUAUAUAUAUAGAAAGUGUUUGUGUGUAUAUUUGGUACAGGUAAAUAAAUGCACACGUCCUUUUUAAGUAACUGGCCGUCUACUCUCAGAUUCAGCCUAGAAAGUCUUUUAGUUGUUUGACAAAAAUAGUCAUUGCACAGGUUAGUUUUAAUGAAAUUUAAAAUGUUCUGAGCUGUGUGCAUUUUUAUUGGCCUGUUGAACAGAAGCUGGUAGGUAAGUGUUGUCACCCAAGCUACAAAGGAAACUAGAGAAGUGACAUACUGGUGAGCACUGUACCAUCGUUAGUGCAGCGCAUGCAUGUGUUGUUAGCUUCUAAGUUUGAGUCAUUCUGGAUAAAAGGAGAGAGGAAAGCUUUAUUGCCUUACUCAGGCAAGGAAUGUCCAUGAUUUCAUUUGGUCUAAUGGUAUGAGUUAAGAGGAAGAACAAGUGGCACAGAGACGUUCUAGCAACACGGAAUCAUCAUUGUUUUAAGUGAGUCAGUAAUGCUGACAGGCAAAUUCUGCUCUGUGACAGAGUCCCGUUAUUUUCAAAGCCAAGACAAAGUCUGCAAAAACUGAAAGAGUGAACUCUGUAGUUUUAGUUACUACUGAUGGUAGCACUGCAUCUUUGUGUUAAAAAUCAAGUUGCUGAUUCUUAUUUUAUAUAGAUGCGCAGAUUUUUUGCUGGUAGCCUAGAAAACUAAACUGACAGCAGCAAUGAAGCCCACUAAGCAAUUACAGGGCCAACAAGGCAUAAGCGGACAAAAUACAUGCCCCGUCAUAAAUGGAGACAGUGUGUGUUUUGAGGGGAGGGGCAGGAGAGGGCAAGUCACAAACCACAGCUCUUCUCUGUGUAUACAUUUAAACUGAAUAUCAUCUUUUUGUGUAUAGUUAAGUUCUCAGAUUUGUAAGUUUUUAUACAUCAUUGAAUAAAAACUGAAUUAAAUGGGAUACAAUUUAUUGAGUUGAAGGUGAAAGGUUGUUGGUUUUCGAUCUCUCUGAAAGAGCUCUUACUGAAUUGGUUUAAAAGCCAAGCAAUAUGUUCUGUAUACCAGACUAAAACAUCAGUCAUACAAAUGAACAAAUAGCUUACUAAAACCUAAGACAGUGGAUUUAGCACAGAGAGUCACUGCGUAUUUGGUUUUCCAGUUCAUUAUAACAUGACAAUUACUGUAAAGUUUAUUGUAAGUGAUGUUGAGUUUAUUAUCUCUCUUAGAGUAAUAGAUCUAAAAUCAGUUGACUUGACUUCAAAGUAUAGAAGUGGUUUUAGGUUAAAAAAAGUAACAUCUUGCAGAAUUGUUUUAGUGUUGCCCAUUUAAAAUCUUUUAGGAUCUUCAUUUACCAAUGUAAUUUCUUUGAAUAUGGUUUUUAUUUCAUCUCACUUAGUUUGAAAUCCUCUCAGAGUGGGAGAAAAAAACCCAAAUCUUUCUUAAUUCAGGGUAAGGUUGGUUUCUAGGGUAUCUGUGGUUCAGGGUAUAGUCAUGAGUUCAUUUCCAAAAUGACUACGGCUGCUAAAGGUGCUGUUGCCUCAACUAUAAGUUACUGCUUGGUGAGAUGCUCUUUUUUUUUUCAGAGCUCCAGCUCUGCUCCAGUGCAGAAUACAACAGUUCGGCUCAAGUCCCCAGGUGGCUGGUUGUAUCAGAAGCAUACACAUGUGCACAUUUUUUGUGAGACAGUGAGCAACCCCAGGUCCUUGGCUUAUUCCUGCUUUCACCUCUCCUUCUCCAGUCUUUGGAGAACACCAUGUUUGCUCAGUUACAUGUUGAAUGGCCUCAAGUGAACUGAUUCCACUGAAAAAAACACCAGUCUUAAAAAAUGGUAUUUUUUGGUCAAAUGUUUUUCCCUAUUGUAACUCUGCAGAGGGUUUCAGAGGAUUCGUGGGUUGUGCAAGGGCAGAAAUUAGCAAAGAGGUGGCUCACUGAAGCCAGUCUUGCUGCUGGCAACAUCCAGGGUGAAGAACGUGGGAAGCAGUGACUCUCACUUGGGCCAGUCCCUCGUCUAGUGAGCAGUGUGGCCUUGCAAGCUCGUGUACUGCCCAGAAAGAAGGAGCAGUGAACAAGCAGCCACAGGAAGAAGUUGGUUAUGACAGCACUGCUGCUGCAAGAAACAUGCAGGCUCAGCAGAGAUACUUUCAUCUGUUAAUAUUUAUUCUUACGAAAUAACACUGUCAGGUAAAGAAAAAAAAACACAAUAAAGAGAUUAUUUUUAUAUGUGUUCAGAUGUCAUAAUGGUUUAUUUAAACUACCCUUUAUUGUCUGGUGCUCCAUAGUGAUGUUUAAGUCAUUGUCUCUCACUGCUUGAGCAGCUUUGUUCCUCUAGGCAAAUUAGAAACAGUGUGUUCUGGUUAUUAACAACUCUAUCAAGAAUUUGGGUAUUGCAGCACAACCAUAGUUAUGUUCUUUGCUAAACCCCACCUGAAUUAUUAUUGAGAUUAGAAAUAACUUCAGGUUUUACCUUGAAACUUUUACCUCAAAUUUGUGACCAAUUUGUUACUUAUUCAGUCUGCUCACCUGCUGAAGCUGUGAAUUUUCUGCCAAAUGAAAGAAGAGACCUUUGCCGGAACUACUGAAUAGCUGGCAAAAACCUGCCAUCAUUCAAGACUGUGGGCUGGACCUUCAGACCCAGUGUAUUUCCAAGGGACUAACUUCAAAGUUAAUUUCCCUGGCAUGUCACUUGACAAGACCCCUCUGCCUUGACUUGAGAAGUACCAAAAACCUACAAAUCAUCCCCUCAAUAGAGAAAAACAGAUGAUUAUCACUUCUGAAAGUAGAGAUUGCAGUCCUUUGCAAGCUACCAAUAUUUGUCAACUUUGUGUCAAGUGUCCUCUUGGUCAGUGGUCUGAUAAUCAUUCUGUUUCUGCUGGGGGAGAAUUUAUUAGAAGAUUCUAGCGUUACAAACAGUUCAAAUAGUUUAAACUGAGCUCCUGUUUACAUUGGAGAGCCUUAAGUUGCUAUCUUGAUGUUUAGAAAAAUCUGCAUUCUGGCUUUUCAGCUCCAAAUCCCAUAAAAUAAUACUUUCAGUCACAAAAGGUAGUCAGUGACAUUACAAAAACUUUUUAUAUUAAUUAAAGGAAAGCUGGUUAGACAAGAGCAGGUUCUGUGGUGCUCAGUGGCAUCACAGUCCCUUGCAAUGUUUUUUUCCAAUCUGCUUAACAGCAGGAUUACCCUUUUUUAACAUAUGGUUCUUCAGUUAUCUUCAGUUCAAGCAAUCGAAGACCAAAUUGGUUCAUUCUUAACCAAGUGAAAGUUCUUUUCCUUGACUGUAUUUCCACACCUUUUAAUCUUAAAAAGUAAAACCAACUAAGGGAGUGUUCAUUCUGGAGGUCUGUCAUUGACUCUUAUUUAUUACUUCCUAGAAGUCAAUAAAUGUUUCCAGGUGGCAAGAUACUUCAUAGCUAUGAAUGAUUGGGAUUAUUUAGAUUACUUAAAGAAGACAAGUUCCACUUAACAUUCCGACUUCAACACUGUAAACA